AUGCCGAGGGUUGCACCUCAAGUGAUUAUUACGGAUCAAAAUCCUGCAAUGACGAAGGCCAUUGCUCAAGUUCUUCCAUCAACUUGUCAUCGAUACUGUAUCUGGCAUAUUUUGAAUAAAUUUGCGGAGAAGAUAAAUACAAUGGUUUAUCGGGAUAACUAUCAUUGGUUCAAAAAUAUAAUUUGUAACUCGGAGACUAUUGAAGAGUUUGAGACUAGUUGGGCUAAGUUGUUGAAGAAUAGUAAUUUGGGAGAUAAUACAUGGUUGCGCCAAAUGUAUGAAAUCCGUAACAAGUGGGUUCCUGUUUAUUUUAAUCAUAUAUUCAAUGCAGGAAUGUUGAGCAGUCAAAGAGCAAAAAGUUCACAUGCAUUUUUCAAAAGGUACAUCUCAAACAAAAAUUCAUUGAUGGACUUUAUUGUACGUUUUAAUAGAGCUAUUAAUCAUCAAAGACAUUAUGAGUUAGUUGCAGAUCAUAUUGAUGUGAAUGAGCAACCAAAGUUGAAAACUAUGUGCCCAAUGGAGACUCAAAUGGUGAAAAUUUACACAAAAAGAAAUUUUAUAAUUUUUCAAGAUGAGUUAUUUGAAAGUUCUGCGUAUUUCUUAAGUUGCACGUUUGAGGAUGAUGAGUCUAUGUUUUAUAGUGUACGGAAGGCUAGUGGAAGUUGCUCAUCAAGGAAUAGACAGCUUAAAUAUAAUAAACUUUCAGAUUCUGUGUCAUGCAGUUGUAGGCUAUUUAACUUUAAUGGAAUUCCAUGUAGACAUAUAUUAGCCUACUUUCGAAUUAAACAAGUCAUGUUUUUGCCAAGCGAAUACAUUCUUAGGAGAUGGACAAAAAGUGCAAAAAUUGGUGAAGUGUGGGAUAACAAUGGUCAAGAAAUGAAUGACCAUGACGAUAUGUCAUUGGUAACUAGGCAUGCAAGUUUAUCUCGAGCUUGUUCUAAUUUAAUUGAUGAUGCAUCUCUUACAGUUGAGGGUACCAAAUUUAUUUUGAAUGAGAUUGAAUUGCUACGUGGUAAAAUUAAAGAAAUGAAUGGUGAUGGAAUGACAGUGCCAGAAACAACUAGCAAAAUAAGUACAAAAGAGCUUCCAAGUAUUAAUAAUCCGUCACAUGUACGAUCAAAAGGAUGUGGGAAAAGAUUUAAAAAUCCAAAAGAGAUGUUAGUUUCAAAAUCACUCCUUUGUCGAGGAUGUGGACUUCGUGGACAGCAACACGAUAAGAGGAAUUGUCCUCGGUUGCAAGAAAGGAUCAAAUUUACAUGGUGCAAAAAGGUCGUAAUUGUCAUAUCGUGGAAGCUGUGUGACCAUGAAGAUUGA